AUGCACACCGAGCUAUACACAUGGGGUGGAGGCUUUCAUCGAGUGCCAAGAGAGUUUGUGCUACCCCCAGGAACCGUUCGCGUUGUGUGGCAGCAAUGGUGUGCUGGGCAACCGCCACUAAGGCAGCUAUCAAAGCACGAUAUGGCUUCAAGACUACAAAAGAUCCGGCUUGCAGAGCUUCAGCGGCUGAUGCGCUUGGUUGAAGCACUUCUGACGAGUGAUGAGGUCCUGCGAGCGCACAGCUCUCUCGAUUCGGCUGGCCUUCUUUUUGAGCAAGUAAAGAAUCGUUUACCGUUCUCAUCGACGUCGAGUAAAGGAAGAGCGCGUAGACUUGACCAACUAUCGUGGAGAACACGCGCCAGUGAUAUUGCAAGCCACAGCUCCAGCUAG